GUUCCCCCCAAAACAAAAAAAAGGCGCUUCUUCUGGUUCGAUUCGAAGGGGAGAGAGAUAGAGAGAGGAAGAGGAGGAAGACCCAGUACGAGUGCCACCCCAUCACCUCCGGCGACAACCUUCACCUCGGCCUCUGACUCCCGACGACCACCACAGCGGUGAAAAUCUGAAUUCUAGGGCACCGACGACCAUCCGCCAAGAAGAGUCUGUUCUGUCGACACUGCCUACUCCAUCGGGUGGAGACGGUGAAGAAGAAGAAGAAGAGUUAUCGAGUGGUUCUUCAAAAAAAAAGUGUGAUGAGAUAGGUACUAAUGAGGAUGGAAAGGAGGCAACCGAAAAUUCUGAACAUAGAGUUGAGGAACCGAAGGAGGGAAUGAUAUUUGACACAGCAAAUGAAGCUUAUCUGUAUUACUCAAGAUAUGCUAAAGAAAAGGGGUUUGCUGUGGCAAAAAGAAACUCGAGAAAGGGAAGAGAUGGAAACUUGAGGCAUGUAACUUUUCAAUGCAAUCGCGGUGGAAAGGCAAAGGUGACCACAACCAAUCCGGUCAAACCACGGCCACAAACGAAAAUUGAGUGUCCAGCUCGUCUUAAUUUGUCUAAUUACCCAGAUGGAAAGUGGAGGUUAAAUCGAGUUGCCGUGGAGCACAAUCAUGAAAAUAGCCCGGAAAAGUCCAGGUUUCACAAGAGCUAUCAGGUCCUUGAUGAACAUGUGAAAAAGAAUGAUAAAGCCGAGAUUAAGUUGCACAAGACAUAUGACUCACUUCAGAUUCAGGCGGGGGGACAUGAAAACCUUCCAUUUCUUCCAAAAGAUUGCCGAAGUCAUUUGGAUAAAAUGCGACAUUUACGACUUGUGGAAGGAGAUGCUGAGGCAAUGCACAGUUAUUUCAUGAAAAUGAAAGCAGACAAUUCUGACUUCUUUUUUGCCUUGGAUUUGGAUGAUGAGGGCCGACUAAUGAAUGUAUUCUGGGCUGAUGCAAGGAGUAGGGCAGCUUGUAAGGAGUUUGGUGAUGUUGUGAUGUUUGACACGACGUACUUGGUAAACAAGUAUCACUUGCCUUUUGCUCCAUUUGUAGGUGUCAAUCAACAUGGUCAAUCAAUAUUAUUGGGAUGUGGACUCGUCGCUCUUGAAGACACAAGAUCAUUCUCGUGGUUAUUUAAGACUUGGAUGACAUGCAUGUGGGGUUGUGCUCCCAAAGCAAUUAUUACUGAUCAAUGUAUGGCCAUGAAGAAUGCUAUAGAAGAAGUAUUCCCUUACACCCGACACCGGUGGUGCAUAUGGCAUAUCUUGGAAAAGGUGCCAGAAAAGUUGGGAAAUUGCGAGGCAUAUAAAUCAAUUUUACAUUCUUUGCACAAUGCAGUUUAUGAUUCACUGACAAAAGAAGAUUUUGAGGAUGUUUGGGAUGUGUUCAUCAAAAAUUACAAACUUCAAAAUAAUGAAUGGUUACAUGGGUUGUAUUUGGAGAAGAAUCGAUGGGUGCCGGCUUUUGUGAAAGAUGUAUUUUGGGCGGGAAUGUCGUCCACGCAAAGAAGUGAGAGUAUGAAUUCUUAUUUUGAUGGUUACAUCAACUCGAAGACGACCUUGAAACAAUUUGUAGAGCAAUAUGAGAAUGCAUUGGCUAGAAAGGUGGAAAAUGAAAAACAUGAAGAUACGAAAAGUGUGCACUCUUACAUCCCGUGCAUAACUCAAGAUGAGUUGGAGAAGCAUUUCAAAAGUGCUUACACCUAUGCGAAGGUUAAGGAGUUUCAUGAUGAAUUUCUCGGCAAACUUAAUUGUUCUUUACAUGAAAGGAAAGUAGGCGAUGUUUGGUCGGAAUAUGAGGUAAAAGAAGACAUUACAUUUGGAGAAGAGCAAAGGAGAAAACGUGUGUCAUUUACUGUCGACUUUAAUGGUGCGACCAAUGAAGCAAAAUGUAAUUGUCGAUUGUUUGAGUUUAGAGGAAUGGUGUGUCGACAUCAACUGAUGGUAUUCCAUGAAAGGAGAGUUCAAAGAGUACCUGAGAAGUAUGUCUUGAGAAGAUGGAGAAAAAAUCUGAAAAGGGACCAUACUAAAAUUCGAAUCAACUACGAUAAAUCGUCAUUGACAAUUGAAGCACGUCGGCAUGACAAUAUGUGCAAUCUCUCUAAUGAGGUUGCUGAUUUGGCAGAAGAUUGUCAAGAGAAGUAUGAUAAGGUGAUGGGACGGCUACGGGAGCUAAAAAGAGAGUUGAUUGAAUCUUCGGUUGUUUGUGGAAGUAAUAUGGUUUCCGAUACUCCAAACGAUUCCUUUUCACUUGGAGAUGUAGUUUUACCUUCCAAAGAGAGUAGGAACAUCGUUGACCCGGAAGCUCUUCGUCCAAAAGGGAGAUUGCCGACAAAAAGAAAGCAAAGUGGUGUUGAAAAAAUUAGUAAGAAGAAAAGAGAACAAAAAAAGAAGACAUUGUCAAACGAAAAAGCGAAGGAGGUUGAAGAAAAUGCAGAUGGCCAUGUGUUUGGAACACAAGAGAGUGUUGUAAAUGUAAAUAGUUACCCAAGCUAUAUGGGGCAAUUAAUGUGGCCAAACAUGAUGCCCCAUAAUAUGCAACCAAAUAUUGCACAAGCCGGAACCAUCCUCCCAUUUUCUCCAACUUUACGCCCAACCGGAACAGGUUUCAACCAAUUUUUGAACAACUUUCCAACUUCACAAAGAAACAUGCCAAGAUUACUUAAUAGUCAAGUUUGGAGAGGACAAUCAACUAUUACGAGUACUCAAGUUUGGGGAGGAGGACAAUCAAGCAAUCACCAAAGUCAAGGACAGGGUUGAGGAGGAGGACAGCAAAUUUUUUUGGAAAUGAUGAAUGCAAGAGAUAAUGGUAAACAAUAGAAAACUUGUUUGAUGUGUAUCCUGGGUAGACUCUCCUUUUUUUGGGUUAUGGCUUAGUUUCGGAAUUGGUGGGGCUGGUUGGAUCGGAUUGUUAGGGUUUAAAGUGUUUUGAGAAUGAGUGAUACAUUUGUUUUGGAUUGAAAUCUGCUUGUUUUAUAAUGGAAUUACUUUAAUUGUGUUUGAUUA